CGAACGUUAGAGAGCGAGAGAGAGAGAGAGAGAGAGAGAGAGAGAGAGAGAGAGAGAGAGAGAGAGAGAAAUUGCUUCUGAAGAUUUCGGCGAUGGCGACGAACAUUGGAAUGAUGGAUUCAGCAUAUUUCGUUGGGAGAUCAGAGAUUCUAGCAUGGAUCAACUCGACUCUCCAACUCAAUCUCUCCAAAGUCGAAGAGGCUUGUUCCGGCGCAGUUCACUGCCAAUUGAUGGAUUCUUUCCAUCCAGAUAUGGUUCCGAUGCACAAGGUUAACUUCGACGCUAAGAACGAGUACGAGAUGAUACAGAACUACAAGGUGCUUCAGGAUGUGUUCAACAAACUCAAGAUCACUAAGCACAUAGAAGUGAGCAAACUGGUGAAGGGAAGGCCACUGGACAACUUGGAGUUCAUGCAGUGGAUGAAGAGAUACUGCGAUUCUGUCAAUGGGGGCCUGCUUCAGAACUACAACCCGCUGGAGAGAAGAGAAACCUGCAGAGGUGGAAAAGAAACGAACAAGAGGGCUGCAGCUACGCAACCCUCAACUAAGGGUUCUUCUGCUGCUGCAAGACCCUCAUCUUCAAAUGGAACCCGGAAAAGAGAGCCGCCAUCUUCCAAUGCCGCCAAUCAUUCCGCUAAGACCUCAUCAAAACCGUCCAAAUCAGUGCCUGCAUAUGAUGAAAAGAUCACUGAGCUGAAACUAUACAUAGACAGCCUCGAAAAGGAGCGAGACUUUUACUUUUCUAAAUUGAGGGAUGUAGAGAUUCUCUGCCAGAAUCCGGAGACCGAGCACCUACCCCUUGUUGGUGCCAUCAAAAGUAUCCUGUAUGCAACAGAAGGCGAUGAAACGGAGGCUGCAGCAGUGAAGACCCUGAGCCCCAUAGCUGAAGGGUCGGAAGAGAGGUCGAACAACGCAGAGGCACAGAAGAGGAAAGUCAUAGUGAAUGUCGAUGUGGAUGCCGCUGGUAUCACAGCUCUUUCACCACGACAACGCCUUUCAGAUGCUUCUGAUGUGAAAUGCAGUGGGUCUCCUCUCUUGACCUGUUGAACUGCACAUCCUAUGGUAACUAUCACAAGAAAAAUAUCAUAUGAUUUUGAGUCUUCUCUUCUAAAGAAUUGAUAGUAGAUUAUGUAUUUCGUGGCCGUGUCAUAAGAGGGUAAGAGUAGAAAAUCGUCAAAAUAUAUUUGUGAUGUUUGUUGCUUGCUACUACACUUGUAUAAGUAGAGAUAUAUUUCCAGUUAUUGUUCUA